AUGUUCUUAAGACCAGCCGUAAUUUCGUUAUUGGCCUUUCAAUGUGCAUGUACUACUGCUAAAGAAGAUGCAGACUUUGAAAAAGACAAUGGCGUUUUUGUGCUCAAUGAAAACAACUUUGAAUUAUUUCUUCAGAAGUACCCAACAGCACUAGUUGAGUUCUACGCCUCAUGGUGCAACCACUGUAAAGCAUUCGCACCAGAAUAUGCAAAAGCCGCUAAAAAACUGACGAUACCUUUGGCAAAGGUAGAUGCUACAGUGGAAACGAAAUUGGCAGAAACUUACAAUAUUGAAGAUUAUCCUACUCUUAAAUUAUGGCUCAACAGCGACAGUCCUAUUGAUUAUGAUGGUGAACGCAAAUCUGAUGAAAUCAUUCAGUGGGUUUAUGAGAAGACAGAUCCUACAUAUAAGUCACCAUCAUCUGCAGUUGUGAAGCUAACGGAGAGAAAUUUUAGUGUUUUCAUCUCUUCGCAUCCACUUGUAUUAGUUAAAUUCUAUGCAUCGUGGUGUGGUCACUGCAAAAAGCUUGCACCUGAAUACGAAAAAGCUGCACAACAGCUCAAGGGAAACGGAAUAGUGCUUGCAGAGGUAGAUUCCAUUGUCGAGCAUAAUUUAUCUUCUGAACAUGAUAUCACUGGUUAUCCGAAACUAAUUAUUUUCCGAAAUAAGAGAAAAUUUGAUUACAAUGGACCUAGAGAUGCUGCAGGUAUUGUGUCAUACAUGACUCAGGAAGCUGAACCUGCUCUGAAAAAAGUUGCUACAGUCAAGGAGGCUCAGCGUUUUAUGCUCAAAAAUGAUGUAACAAUAAUUGGUUUUUUUGCAGACGAAAGUGAAAUAAUAUUAGAUGCUUUAAGUGAUGCAGGCAAGCCUGAAAUAACACGAAAUGAUUUAAAUAUCGCUGUUUGCCUGGAAAAAGAUGUUGCUCAACAUUUCCAAAUUAAUGAAGAUAAAAUUGUCAUUUUCUUUCCUGAAAUAUAUUGGAGUAAAUAUGAACCAAAUCAAAUUGUAUAUGAAAAGAAAGCUGGUACUGCAGAAGACUUAGUAACUUUUUUUCAAGAAAAUUCAACUCCUCUAGUUGGUCACAGGACUAGAAAGAAUGUUGCAAGCAGAUACACUACUUUUCCUCUCGUAGUUAUUUAUUACAACGUGGAUUUUUCAUUGGAAUAUCGCGAAGGGACACAGUACUGGCGAAAGAAGGUAUUGGAUUUUGCGAAUAAAUAUAAAGAAAAUAAAUAUCGCUUCGCAAUAUCAGACGAAAAUGAAUUCGCUGAUGAACUUGCGGAAGUAGGCUUAGGAGACAGCGGUCUUGAACAUAACGUUUUAGCAUUUGGCUAUGACGGCAAAAAGUAUCCUAUGAGUCCGGAUGAAUUCGAUAAUGGAUUAGAGGAAAACCUUUUCGCUUUUAUGAAAAAAUUGGUCUCAGGUAAGAUAAAGCCUUUUAUAAAGUCGGCGCCUCUGCCGAAGAAUGAUAAAGGGCCAGUGAAGACUGUGGUUGCUUCAAAUUUCGCUCAGAUUGUAUUCGAUGAAACAAAAGAUGUAAUGGUUCAGUUUUAUGCACCAUCUUGUGGACACUGCAAGGCAUUUGAGCCGAAAUAUAGAGAAUUGGCGACAAAAUUGAAAAGAGAGGAACCGAACUUAUUACUUGUAAAAAUUGAUGCAAUUGCUAAUGACGCUCCUGACAACUAUGUUGUAAAUAGUUUUCCAACGAUUUACUUUGUGCCAGCUAAUAAGAAAGAACAGCCUAUUAAAUACGAGGGUGAUCGAGAUUUAGAUGAUCUCACGAAGUUUAUGAAAAAGUACGCAUCUGUUUCAUUCCAAGGCAAAACUGAGCUCUAA